AAUGUAAAUUUGAAUCAUGGUUGUUUUUAUUAUCCUAUUGGUCUCCAGCUUUGUGGAAAGUAGUCUAGGAAAAAUAAUAGCUUACGAUGGAAAAAUAUUUGCUGGUAGCGGAUACGAUGAGUGUGAAUAUGUCCCUGUUGAAGAGAAAGAACUAUGUUUGGAGAAUAAGAAUAAGGUCCCUUGGUGGGGUUGGCUGGUUCUAGCAAUAGUUUUAGUCAUCAUUCUUCUUACAGUUACAAGAAUGAUUUAUGUACGCUGCAAAGAGGGUGAUAAGGUUAAAGAGAGAAAAGAGAGAAGGAAGUCUAAAAGAGUUCAUGGGGGCUGUGGUUGGACGAAGAGGAAAGACAGUGUUGGGGCUCAAGAAUAUAGAAGUGGCAAGAAGACCAGCUCAGCAAGUAACCAUAUACCCAUGGGAUACAUUCAAUCCUCAUCAGCUGAUUCAGAAUCUGUUUCCCCUGGCGGAUUUUCCAGGAACCAGGAGUUUACUCCUCCUAGUUCUCAAGGUUUGUCAGAUCAUCCAGGAGGUUCUGCAGAAUAUUCUCAAUAUCAGUCUCCUCUAGGAUACUAUCAACCUCAAUGCCAGCCUCAAUACCAACCCUCUAGCAGUGGAGGCUCUGUGGAGGGCAGUUUUCUUCAAAAUAUCCAAACCCCGGAAUUAUCUAACAAUCAAACUUAUCACUACCCAUCCCCACACUACACGCUACCAGACCAAACCCUGUCAGCUGUUUCCGGCGAGAACCAAGAAGCUAACCGUACUCUUACUUAUGCAGAGUUACGAAAGAAAGAACGAACAUCAGUUUAUGUGUAAUGUUUAUUCAUUUAAUAAAUGUCAUAUUGUUUAAUAUUACAGAUCCAAAUUUAACCAUAGAAACAGUCUUCAGUUUGAACAGUAUCUUCUAGUAGAGAGAUAUCAAUGCCAUAGCUCUCCAGAAGAUCAACUCCUUUUUGGAUCUAGUAAUAGAGUUGAAUAUUUAAUAAAUUUUAAAGGCAAUAGUCA